AUGGUAUAUCUCAAUUGUGAUGACAAGCUAUAUAACAAAACGAAGCUGUAUUCCCCAGUUGGUGAUUCUACUUUGGGUAGUGUGCAUGGAGUACCUUUGAAUUAUUUUGAUCCCCCCUGGGGGGGUCCGAAUGAGAAUCUUCUUCAUACACUCCACGAGCAGAGAGAGAAUAGUGAAGCACCCACGACCGCUGAAAGGAAAAGUAACGCCGACCAUGACAGCCACCUGAAUGACAAAUAUUUUAGUCAGUCCAAAAAGGGAGAUUACAAACAUGCAAAGAUAAAUAUUACGACAGAUGAUCACUAUACAGAAAGUGAUUACACAGAUGGUUCUGAGCACACGGUUCCUACUUUGGACAAAUGGAAGAAACCUCGAAAGAAAUUUAUGGGGAAAUAUUUUUUUUCCGAGAUAGCUAAUAGUUUUUUACACCCUUGGAAUGGGUGGUGUCCCUCUACUGCACCUCAGUCGGGUGUAGUGAACCCUCGCCUUGACUGCUUGCAUUAUAGAAUAGCGGCGAAGAGAAAGGGGAGCGAAGGCUUCAUAAAACCGGAAAUUAUCGUCCGAUUUUAG